CUACAGUAUUGCACUGUAUACCUACAGGCAGUUACAUACAGUACUAUACAGGUAUAUAUAUCAUUCUUUCCUUUUCCAUUACUCACUCUCCUUGCCGCCAUCCCAUUUUCACGCGGCAGCAGCGGAAUGACUGCAUGGCGUGCAUAGGUGGUACUCGAGUAUCCAAACACAUGGCGUCGUCGUCCCAUUUCUCCUGGGGAGGCCCCUGGAAAAGGAAAGAAUUAUAAUUCCUCGCAUCAUAUCAAAAUAUUCGUCCUUUUGAGUAUCAUGCCACGCAUAUCUACUGUACACUGUACACUGGAGUAACCUUUUAACUAUGAGAAAGCAUACGAAUUAUGAUACCCGUAAAUUUAGCCGGUUAAGAUUGGGAGUAUGGGGAAUGCGUCAAACCGGGGAUUCCUGUGGACCUAUGGGCCUACCUAUGAAUCUAUGAACCUUCCCUAUGGAUCUAUGAUAGAUUCCCCGCCUGUAUCAGUAUCUGGAGUACAACUCGCAGUGCCUUCGGAGUGCUUUCCGUUCUACCAGCAACAAUCACUAUGACAAGCGAGGAAGCAAGUUCGUACUCGUGCUCCGUACUAAACCAUUCAUUCACAUUUUUUUGUGGUGGUGACUAGACCUAGUCCUGUAUCUGGAUCUAUGCUCCAACGCAAAUUCCCGUUACUCGUUACGGAGUAAUGGCAAGAACUGUCACUCGUCGCCAUGAAUGGUUUGUUAUUUCAAGGAGGCGCUGACCCUGAGAUUUCGAGAUUUGGUUCAAGAUUUGGCUCAUUCCCAAAUUCCAUCCGGCCCAGCUUCGGCUCCACAAAAAUUCCCGAUAGCCCUCCUUCGUCCCUCAUCUUAUCUGGCUACCACUGCUACUGCUACUGCCACUGCCACUCGCAGCCAAAACCACAACUCCCAGAUUGUUUAUUGGUGAAGGAUUUCCCAACAUCUACUCUGCCUAUGACGCUGGGAUGAGGAGGUCGCUCCCUCAAAGACCACUCGUGCGAGCUCUGCAACCUCCAGCUCGACGCCCCUUCACCCACGUUCCGCCGCGAUGUUGCCCUGACCUAGCACCCACCUCAACAACGUCACCGAUCGCGAAUCCCGAAAACCCGCAAAAACCAAAUCUCCCCUUUCGCUUCGAGACGGGCAUAUCUCUCUACGCGAAACGAGCACCGCGACCAUUUCCUCCGCCCUUCCUGUCACCGCCUUCAGGUUCAUUCUCCGACCCUCUGAGCACCCAUAACCGAAGCCGUGAUCGGCGCGCUUUCGUGAACGGGGAACUCAUUCGGGGAUACACCAAUGGAGAUGAUGCUGUAUAUGUGAGCGACAACUUUAUAGGUGCAAAUGAUGGGGUGGGAGCUUGGUCUACCAGACCCGGUGGUCAUGCUGGGUUUGUCUUUCUUAUACAAUAAGUCUCCAUUCCUGCUAAAAAUAACUAUUAUAGACUUUGGUCUAGGUUAAUCCUUCAUUUCUGGGCUCUGGAGAUGGAAAAGGAUGCAGACCGAAUGAGCUCUCCGGGACAGAAUUUCGAACCCAGACCUGUGGAGUAUUUACAGCGAGCCUUUGAGCAGACCCAGGCUGCGACGUCGAAACCGAAUGAAUGGCAGGGAACUACCACAGCGGCGGGCGCACAGUUACAUUUCCGUCAUAGAGAUGGCGACGAGAAAGCAUCUCCAAGGCCUUUGCUAUAUGUCACGAAUUUAGGGGAUUCGCAGAUAUUAGUACUCCGACCUAGAGAUUCGAAAUUAAUAUUUAAGACGACGGAACAAUGGCAUUGGUUUGAUUGUCCUCGACAGCUGGGCACCAAUUCUCCAGAUACUCCACUUGAGAAUGCAGUAUUGGACAAAGUCGAAAUUGAGGAGAAUGACGUCGUGUUAGCCAUGUCCGACGGCGUGAUUGAUAAUUUAUGGGAGCACGAAAUUAUUGAUAAUGUGGUGAGCAGUAUUCGAAAAUGGGAAGAAGGGAAAGGUGGUAAGAGUUUCGGAAGCAGAAAUGGUGGUGCGGGCGGGGGAAUGCAAUUCGUGACGCAGGAAUUGAUGAAUGCUGCUAGAGUCAUUGCUAUAGACCCCUUUGCGGAGAGUCCGUUUAUGGAGCAUGCAGUGGAGGAGGGACUUGCUAUGGAAGGAGGUUUGUUGUCGAACCUCGAGAGGCAGGAUUUUACUAACAAAACUUCAGGUAAACACGAUGAUAUCAGUGUUGUGGCAGCUUUGUGUCGAAGAAGCAAGGGAUGAAACAACAGAGCAAGAUUUGGACACAAAUUACCAAGUCCUCCUGGACAAUAAUCUUUAAAGAGGUGGAUAUAUCUCACCCAACCUGGGGUGUUCAAACCCAGAACAGAACGCCCAUUCAGGCUGAUCUCAGCCGAGGAACACAGUGGAAGAUCCUCUCCCAUCUGGCCUUGAAACAUUGCAGAGCCGUGAGGAGUGGGCGGAUCCCGCAGGGGAGCGUCGAUCAAUAUCAAGACGACGAGGCAUAAUAUUCUUGAUGUGGCAAGGAGGACGAUGACAGGUGUAAUAAAGGUAAAUAGUAACUAGAACAUAAAAGGUAAAUCAUAAUAGAAGUUCUUUGAGAAACUUCAACA